AUGCAUGAUCAUUUGAUUCGUUUGCCAAUGACACGCGGGCCCUUGAGCGCUAGGAUAUUUAAUAAAAAAUAAGUACAAAACCCACCGCCAUGGCGUCGCCGGCGUGGCAGCCGCCGCACCGCCUCCAACCUCCCCCGCCGGCGCAGCUGGACCUCACCGACGAGCUCCUCGAGGAGGUCUUCGUCCGCCUCCCCACCGCCGCGGACCUCGCUCGCGCAUCCACGGCCUUCGCCUCCUUCCGCCGCCUCAUCACCGGCCACGCCUUCCUCCGCCGCUUCCGCCGCCUCCACCCGCCUCCCGUCCUCGGCAUCCUCGCCGCGGGAUUCCUCGCGGCGCAGCCGCCCCAUCCGUCGGCCGCCGCGGCCCGCGCCCUCGCCGACCCCGACGCGGCCGACUUCUCUUGCUCCUUCCUCCCCUCCCGCGACCGCUGGUGUCUCCGCCACUUCUCCGACGGCAGGUACCUCCUCUCCGCCAUCCCGGAACGCAGCGACCCGGCUCCCGACCACCGCGCCUUGGUCAGGGAAUUCGCUGUCUGCGACCCCUUGUACCGGCGCUACCUGCUGCUCCCACCCAUCCCCGAUGACCUAGCCUCAGUAGUAAAUCAAUCAGAGAUUGUGAAUUUCGAGCCCUUCCUUUGUCCUGCUACUGAAGAUGAAGAGGACACAAUGUUCAGGGUGAUCUGCUUGGCUCAGUGCGAGGCCAAACUGGUCGCCUUCACCUACUCUAGGUGUUCUGGGCAAUGGCAUGCUGUGGAGUUCGAUGGCUGGAGAGAUUUGACCAGGGGGACUAGCAAUCCGUUUCCAUCCGGUGAGCCUAGUUGUCCGGACGGUACUACGCGCACGGAUGCUUCUGCUGGGUGAUGCAUUGGGUGAACAAGUUGCUUGUGCUCGAUGCCCGCAGCUUCGAGUUCAGCUCUAUCGACCUCCCACCUGGGCCCUCAUCACGUCGGAUGGUCAUUGUGGAGGCUCUGGAAGGGAAGCUGGGGCUCUUUACUCUCUGCAAUGACAAUGCCUUAUACUAUUUCCUAUGGUAUGACAUCUUGGAAAAUGAUGAUGAGGGCGCGCUUCAGUGGUGCAUGAAGGAGAUUAUACCACUACAUGAAAAUUUUAACUAUAACAUCUUGGGUGUUGCUGGGGGAUACUUACUCCUACAAGGGUUUCCUCAUGACUUUAGGCCAAAGAAACUCUGUUUUCACUGAAUCUCAGGACAUUCAAGCUUGAGUGGUUUUGUGGGACUACAUAUGCCAUCAUAUCUCCGGACAUGUACGCUGGUUUUCCACCAACCUUGUCACCACCAGCUAUUUGAAGUGGGUGGUUAAUCUGCACGCAGUUGAGGCUUCGUCUACGUCAUGCGCUGGUGGGGCUUCGUCGCUUUGAGUUACAAGGAUGGCUGGCUAUGGUGGUUCACCUCUUCUAUGCUAGUUUAGUUCGGUCGGUUAUGUACCUAUCAAUGAUGAUUGAUGUCAAGCAAUAUAUAUCGUCCUCCUUGAUGCAUAGAUAACUCUAGCACUACAUAUCUAUUUGGUUUUUGAGACGUACUCUUAAGUGUACUUACUAAAGUCUUAUGUUGCAAUAUCCAGUUUGAAAUCAAACUUAGUGAUUGGAUGA